UCAAGCCCACAGGGAUAGUUACGUAGUAGUCGUCCGUCAUGGCAAGCACAAAGCACGGAGGAGGAGGAAAAGUGGUGGUUGUGAUGGUUCCUUUUCCGGCACAAGGCCAUCUCAACCAACUCCUCCAGCUCUCCCGUCUCAUUUCCUCCUACAACAUUCCCGUCCACUUCGUCGGAACCGCCACCCACAACCGCCAGGCCAGAUUACGCGUCCACGGCUGGAACCCCUUCUCCGCCGCCAACAUCCACUUUCACGAAUUCCCCACCGCUAACGCCGCCGCAGCCGCCGUUCCCAACCCCCCCGCCGAAUCCAGGUUCCCCGCGCACAUCCUCUCGUCCUACCAAGCCGCCUCCCUCCUCCGCGACCCCGUCGGUAAGCUCCUCCGGGCGCUCGCGGGUAAUAACUCCCGGGUCGUCGUCAUCCACGACUCGCUAAUGGGGUCGGUGGUUCAAGACGCGGCGGGGAUCCCCAAUGCGGAGUCUUACAUCUUCCACAGCGUCUCCGCCUUCACCAUUUUCCUCUUCAUUUGGGAGAAGAUGGGGAAGCCCUUCGCCGUCGACGCCGACCUCCUCAGAGACCUCCCGUCCCUCGAAGGAUGUUUCAGCCCCGAGUUCGAGUCUUUCCUCAAGGCCCAAUACGAUUUCUUGAAAUCCAAUUCCGGCAGGAUUUACAACACAUGCAGAGCCCUGGAAGGCCCCUUUCUUGAACUCCUCUCCAGGGAAGAAAUCAGUGGGAAGAAGAAACAGUGGGCCCUCGGACCUUUCAACCCCGUCCACGUCAGCAAUGGCGGCGCCUCCAAAACCCGCCACAAAUGUCUGGCGUGGCUAGACAACCACACAAAAAACUCCGUCAUUUUCGUCUCCUUCGGAACCACCACCUCUUUCUCCGACGAACAAAUCCGAGAAAUCGCCACCGGCUUGGAGAGGAGCGAGCAAAAGUUCAUUUGGGUUCUAAGAGACGCCGACAAAUCAGAUAUUUUCUCCAAAGAACACAAAAAAUUAGAGCUCCCGAGAGGGUUCGAAGAGAGAGUGAGAAAAAGGGGAAUGGUGGUGAGAGACUGGGCCCCGCAACUGGAAGUGCUGGCCCACUCUUCCACCGGCGGGUUUUUGAGUCACUGCGGAUGGAACUCCUGCAUGGAGAGCAUAUCCAUGGGCGUCCCCAUGGCGGCCUGGCCAAUGCACUCCGACCAGCCCAGGAACACCGUGCUUAUCACUAAGGUCCUCAGGAUUGGGAUCGUGGUUAAGGAUUGGGCUCGCCGGGACCAGAUUGUGACGUCAUCGGCGGUGGAACACGCCGUGAAGAGGCUGAUGGCCAUGGAGGAAGGAGAGCGGAUGAGACAGAGGGCGGCGGAUUUCGGUUGCGCUAUGAAGAAGGCGGUGGCGGACGGCGGCGUUAGCCGCAUAGAGUUGGAUGGGUUCGUUGAUCACAUAGCCAGGAGUUAGUUGAUGGGAGCCCACAUUAAAAUAAUAUUAAAAAUCGAUUCUUCAUUUACUCUAUUAACCGAUUUUAUCCAACAGUUAUUAUUAUAUUUAUUAUUAUUAUUAUUACUAUUUUUAAAGAAAAACUCAAAUUCAGAAAUUUACUACUCAUUAUAUGUGUGGUUGUACGGACAAGCAUGGAAAAAUAUAUUUGUACUGAAAAUUAAAAAAAAAAAUUGCAGCUUCCUAAUACGUACGUGUACAAUGGAUAUCAAGUAAAGAUGCAAUAAAAAAAAACACGAAAAAAUGUUAUUUACUUCGUAUAUUAAA